AGCUGACGUGGAAGAUGGAGAAGAGGCACGGCGCCACGGUGCUCCCAAUCCGGGUUUGGCAUGCGCGACGCUGGAGCUUCGGCAAGAACAAGACCAUGUGCAUGGCUGCCUCCGUAUCCUGCUGUCGUUGCCGUAUUAAGAGGAAAGAAACGGCGGGCCUUGAAUUGGCACAGUGCAAAACCACCUUCUGCUCGGGUGCCUCGCCACAUUUUCGACGUCAGGUGCCGUGGAAAUCGCCUGUGCCCAGAUCAUGGAGAGCAGCAGCAAGAGCAGGUAUGUGGUUGGUGCUCCAAGCAGCGGCAACAGCACCGCGAGCUACACGACGUCUUCACGUUCCGAAGGAAAGUCGUCCCAUUCGUCCAAGUUGUCGUCAGUAGUAUCUAUCCCUUCUUCACCAAGCUACAAGUUGUACACGCACUCUACUCGUUAAAAAUAAUCGACACGCAUUUCGAAGUGAGACAACCAAGUUGAAGUGGUCUACAGAGUGAAUGCACCUACGUACUUCGCAUGCAUCUUCUGUUCUAACGCCGACACGAGGCACUCGCGCUGACGCAGGAGCAAAGUUUCCUGGAGUCCUUGGGUCUCCAUUUAAGUCUCUUCAGGGAAUUAUCUCUAACUUGGAGCUGUUCAACGCAGAGAAUCCUAAGAUUCAUCGCUCUCUCUGAAGCACAGCAAACGCCUGCGUGAUCUCCAGUCAAGCUCUGCGCUGUGGUGGCCUGCUAUGUCUUGUUGCACUCACGCAGCCACACUGAAGCAGUCUGCCUACAACCAAUGGCAUCGCAGUAUUUUGUGGGCGGACAGCGGAACGGGGCAGAGACCGUGGUAACCCGUGCCGUCGGCGAAGGCUGCGUGCACAUAAAGUCGGGAACGAGCGUCAUUCCGACAGGAUGCGUGUGUUUGACCGGAGACGCUGUGUGGCACCACGCACAUUCCACUUCAUUCCCGAAUUUGCACACUACCCGACGCGAGAUCGAAGUCGGACAGAGCAAGACUCACCAUGUUGGCGCCGCCCAUGCCCGUAUUUAUUCCGGCUCCCAAGAAGGACGCUGCAACCGCGACACAAUGCACCUGCGGAGCCAAAGACUUCAUGCUACGACGCAAGCACAAUCACACCAGCGAAAGUACCAGCGAGGCCAAACAAGCUGCCAAUUGCCCCAUCAGUUGUCCUGUUGCCAACCCGGCCAAACUCCGCCGCAGCUUCUGGCGCAAGCUGCUGGGCAAAGGACCCAAGUGCGUGUGCCCUAAAACGACGGCGAGUAAACCAGGACUUAUCGGCAUUCCCGCCGCAUACACAGACUGCGACACAGUGACCGUGGCCGGCAGACGCGUCCCGUUCACGCUGGACAUGCAGCAGCGCCGACGAGGAUUAUGGACACCGCUUGAUGCUAUCAGCGAGGACGAAUAACAGCGGACGUAACUUGCUGCUAUCGUUGAAUAAUUUUAAAUAAAGUAUUAAUCGUCCUCUAUGUAGUAACCUUGCAUACCUGC